AGAAAAACAAUCCAUGCAUAAAAGUUGCCCUUGAAUUAAGCAAAUGUUUGUUAAUUUGUCAAUUCUCUCGACUCUAAAAUAAUGUAAUAACCAAAUCUCCUGAUCUACUGCUAUAUUUACUGAAUUAAAUACAUCGUUUUCUAUAUAAGUAACUACAUGCCAUUGUUAAAGCCUGCAAAUAUCAUAACCCUCAAACAAAGCUACUCUCUGGUGCCGAGUUUCUUUAAUGGCACCAUUGCAUUUUCUCCUCAUGCUUUUGAUCUCUGUCUUGGGUUCUGAUGCUGCGGUUUUUACGUUCUCAAAUAGAUGCAGAACCACUGUAUGGCCUGGAAUUUUAUCAGGAGCAGGGAAACCUCAACUAAUGGGAGGUGGGUUUGAGUUAAGACCAGGCCAAUCUGUAACUCUGAAUGCACCACAAGGUUGGUCAGGCCGGUUCUGGGGUCGCACUGGCUGCUCAUUUGACCGCUCAGGCCGCGGAAGAUGCCUUACUGGAGACUGUGGUGGCGUUCUGAAAUGCGCAGGAGCGGGCGGCGUGCCUCCAGCUUCACUUGCAGAAUUCACCCUGAAUAGUCCACUUGAUUACUACGAUGUUAGCCUGGUGGAUGGUUUCAAUUUACCAAUUUCUAUAUUGCCUACUGGAGCUUGUAAGUCUGUUGAGUGCGUUGCAGACAUGAACCGGAGAUGUCCUGGGAGCUUACAAGUAAGGUGGAACCGUCAGGUUGUGGCCUGUAAAAGUGCUUGCCUAGCAUUUGGGUCGCCGGAGUUUUGCUGUACGGGGCCUUAUGGAAGUCCAGCAACCUGCAAGCCAAGCAAUUAUUCAAAGGUGUUCAAGGAUGCUUGUCCUACUGCUUAUAGUUAUGCUUUUGAUGAUUCAACAAGUACUUUUACUUGCCAAGGUGCUAAUUACUUGAUUCGAUUCUGUUGAUAGUUUCCUGUUGAAUGACAUGUUCAACUGUAAGCUGAAAAUAUUGUAUUAAAAAUACAUACAAUUUACUCCAUUAUUAUAUAAAUAAAUAAAUAGAUAAAUUAAAAAAACAGCAGCAGAAUAAUUUA